CUACUUCUUGCUGAUCUAGCCUCUUGACAUGCAAGGGUGAUGGCCGCGGCUGAAGCGAGAGCUGCCUGGCAACGGGCUGGGAACCGCUGCUUAUUUCAGGAGGACGCAAAGAGAGCUCCGAAACUGGCCUGCUGUCCGCAGUCAGUGCAACAGCAGGAAACAAACAGUGGGAACCCCACGAAUCCGCAAGAAUGCCAUAUCCCAAAUUUUAUGCAUUUAAACUGGAACCCGAUGAACUCCAAUCAGCCGAUAGAUACGUGGUUUCUUCAGUUGCAGCCCAACUUCGGGUGCCAGAAGGCGCUUGCCGGUGAACAACUGAACUAUAUGGGUGGGGAGGUCCUUGCGAAGAAAGCGGACAGUUUCUCGCCCGUGUCUACGCUCGAGGACAUCGAUGCGAAGAAGAACGAGUAUCCUUUUGAGCCGCCGUGGAUGGUUUCGACAGCUUUUAUGAAGCAGACGUCUGAAACAGCUUCUGAAGAGUUCAAGACUGUUUCCGGGAGUCUCAAGUGCAGAGGAAGUUCCAUCAACUUCCUUCAUGAGGAUAAAGAGUUUAUGGAGUUCAAAACUUUCGAUCCUUUGUUCCCGAAGAAACCACAAAAGGCACGCUAUGAGAUGGACGCACCUUGGGAACAAGACAGGAAGUCUCAUCCGUGGUGGCAAGUAGCUGAUGAGGAUGGGUUGGCUUCGCUUGUUGCGGAGAGAGCAAUGCAGCACAUUGAGAACAACGAUCUUCCGAAACCCACUCAGACAGUCCGUGUUCAUGGGGCGAAAUUGAACAGCCAUGAAACCAAGGAUGGCUGUGGGAAUUCGUUCUCUUCUGGUAAUGAGUCGCAACCUGAACUAUACGACACCAUAAUGUGCAGCUAUAGCAUUUCAAGCACCAAUGAGACAGACUCAUCUGAUGGUGGACCUUGGCAACGAUCUCAGAAAAACAAUUUACCUGGGGGUGCACAAGAUUCAUACAGUAGUGAUGACCAUGCACCAAGCAGCAAGCCAACAUAUCAGAAUCAGAAAGCCGCUGAGAGGGCCCAGCUAUUGGACGCUCUUCGUCAUUCACAGACACGGGCUAGGGAAGCCGAGAUGGCUGCCAAGAAUGCUCACGAUGAGAAAGACCAUGUCAUCAAGCUAUUGUUUCGUCAGGCCUCGCAUCUCUUUGCGUGUAAGCAAUGGCUGAAAAUGCUGCAGCUGGAAAACAUAUGCCUCCAGCUCAGGCUCAAAGAGAACCAGAUAGCAGCUAUGUUCCCGGAACUUCCCUGGGGGAUGAUGAAGGAGAAGGCAACGCCAGAAGAAGAACGGAAGGACAGAUCAAGGAAGAAAGGCAGGAGGCAGAAAAAGGAAGGUGGAUUCCGCAAAGCCAUCAUGUUCGCGGUUGGUGUCGGCAUUGUCGGCGCCGGAUUGCUUCUCGGCUGGACUCUCGGGUGGCUGCUGCCCAGGUUGUAAGUUCAUCUACUAGUUUGUGGUUCCACGAAUAGGUGGUAGGUAAAGCUCCAGCUAUGUGCUUCAUGAAGUGGGAGAGUGGAAUGAUUGAAUUCUUCGAACCGCUCAUGCAAGCAUGAUGAUUUGGAGGCCUUGCCGAUGAUAUCUCUACACGCCUUCGUGUAUAUAUAGGAAGGAUUUAGUGUACAUACUGCCAGAAUAGUGUAUUUCUGGUGCACCUGCAGGUUCCAUGGGUACUGGGUUGAAUAUGUGAAUAUUGUGCAUAUGGGUCAUGUGGCGGUGGAACUUCAAAAUCAGUCGACUUCAACAAUGUGUAAACCUGUACUGUAAGCAUGUUUUUUUUUAGAUUGUGUGUACUGUAAGUAUGUAACUUGGUUCUUUUCUUAAUGUAAGAACAGUUGUAU